AUGGGCCCCUGUACCGCCUCCUCAUGCUGCUGCCAGGCCCGUAAUCUGCCAUGGGCCCCCGUACCGACUCCUCAUGCUGCUGCCAGGCCCGUAAUCUGUCAUGGGUCCCUGUACCGCCUCCUCAUGCUGCUGCCAGGUCCAGAGUGUGUCAUGGGUCCCUGUACGGCCUCCCAUUGCUGCUAUCUCCAUCGCCACACUCUGCCAUGUGCCACUUUCAGGUCCUCCUCACACUGCUGGGUUGGUUUCCAUUUUUUGUCAUAGGGGUGCUGUAUGGCCUCCCAUUGCUGCUGCCUCCACCGCCACACUGUGGCUCCACACUCUGGUUUUGGCCCCGUGACUGCCCAAAUGAGUGAAGUGUGCAGUGAUUCUAAGAUCGACGGCACUCAUCUGCAUGUCAUACUGACUGUCAGUAUUAUUUCUCUUCCCCAGCAGGACUCCAAGGCAUUUAAAUUAAAGGUACAGUGUUCUGCACUAAUAUAA